AUGAAGCAUAUACAAGUAAAACAAAUUGCCAUAAGUAUUUCCUACAAUCAACCUAAACUUUGUGCAAAUGCAACGUGGAAUUCUACAGCCAUAACGUUUGCGACUAGCGCUACGGUUGGUACAUCUCCCGUUGGUAUUUUUGUCAGUUCAAAUAACACCGUCUAUGUCGCUGAUCAGUUAAAUGCUCGGAUCCAAGUAUGGCUUAACGGCAAUACGACACCGUCAAGAACUAUCUCCGGUGGCUUAAUCAAACCUUUAAGCCUUUUCGCCACAGACAAUGGUGAUAUUUAUGUCGACAAUGCCUAUUCAAAUAUGCGAGUAGACAAAUGGGGAUCAAAUUCAAAUAGUAGUGUUCCAGCGAUGUAUGUUUGUUCACAAUGCACUGGUGUUUUCGUUGAUAUUAAUAAUAUGCUCUACUGUUCAAUGUAUACUUCUAAUAAAAUUGUCUCGCAAUCACUGGACAAUAGUUUAAAUAUAUGGAGCAUUGCCGCGGGUACAGGAACUGCUGGAGCAACAUCGCUUACACUUAAUAGUCCGCGUGGGAUUUUUGUCGAUAAUAAUCUUAAUUUAUACGUGGCUGAUGGUGGCAACAAUCGGAUUCAAAAAUUUUUAUCAGGACAAUUAAAUGGAACAACAAUACCAACAGGAACCAUUGUAUUGAGUUGGCCGACUGCAGUUGUUCUUGAUGCUGAUGGAUAUCUCUUCAUUGUUGAUUAUGCUAGUAGUCGUCUUAUUGGCUCAGGACCUUACGGAUUUCGAUGUAUUGCAGCUUGUUCUGGACAAGGAUCGCAAUCGAAUCAGUUAUAUAACCCACAAAUGCUUAGUUUUGACAGUUAUGGAAACAUAUUUGUCACUGAUUACAACAAUAAUAGAAUUCAAAAAUUUCUUCUGAUUACAAAUUCAUGUAAUGGAACGACAACGGUAACAACUAUGUCUACUGUAACAUCAACCAAUACUGCUCAAUCAGUUUCUCUUGUUACAAACUCGACAACUGCAUCGUCUUCAACACUUCUUUGGUACAACGUACCGGAAUUAACUGCCUAUACUACUUGGAGUGCCAAUGGAAUAACAUUUGCAAAUACAACCACACUUGGAACAUAUCCGUAUGGUAUAUUUAUUGAUACUAACAAUACCAUAUAUGUAUCUGAGCGAACUGCAAACCGUGUUCAGGUGUGGCAUGAUAGUAGCAGCGUACCCAUAAGAAAUCUUACCAGUGGUUUAUCUAAUCCAUAUUCUAUAUUCGUUGCGAUUAAUGGUGAUAUCUAUGUCGAUAAUGGUGGUUCAAAUACUCGAGUUGAUAAAUGGACAUUAAAUUCAAGUACUAGUAUUUCAGCAAUGUAUGUGAAGAACUCGUGUUGGGGUCUUUUUAUCGAUAUUAAUAAUAAUCUUUAUUGUUCAAUAAAUGCACUUAAUCAAGUUGUCAUGAAAUCAUUGAAUAAUAAUUCAGCUAUGUGGAUAGUUGCUGCUGGUGCAGACUGUUCAGCACCAAGUACGAAUACACUUAAUGGUCCUCGUGGAAUUUACGUUGAUACAGAUCUGAAUUUGUAUGUUGCUGAUUGUGGAAAUAAUCGAAUUCAAUUAUUUUUAUCAACACAAGUAAUUGGAAAAACGGUUGCAACAGGAACUAUUACUUUAAAUUGUCCUACUGGAAUUGUUCUUGAUGCUAAUGAUUAUCUAUACAUUACGGACUAUAAUAAUCACCGUAUCGUUGGGUCAGGACCGAAUGGAUUCCGCUGUUUAGUUGGAUGUUCAGGCGCUUAUGGGGCAUCAUCCAAUCAAUUAUACUAUCCAACAGCUCUAAGUUUUGAUAGUUAUGGAAAUAUGUAUGUUGUUGAUCAAAACAAUUAUCGAAUACAAAAGUUUCUUAUAACAAGUACUGUUUAUAAUGUGACUCUUAAUCGACCAAACUUAUGUCCAUCUACAACAUGGUAUACAAAUGCGAUUACAUUUGCUAAUAGUAGUACGGCUGGAGCAAAUGUAUAUGGUGUUUUUGUUGGUCUUGAUAAUACUGUUUAUGUAGCUAAUCAACAAACUAAUAAGGUUGUAAUAUGGUUCGAAGGAAGUACUAAUCCAGAUAAAAUUCUUUCUGGUAGUCUAAGUGCAUCAUAUGAUCUUUUCGCUACUCCUCUAGGUGAUAUAUAUGUUGAUAAUGGUGUAAAUAAUCGUCGAGUUGAUAAAUUUUCAUUAAACUCAAAUAUAAGUAAUUCUGUAAUAACAGUUCCUUAUGGAUGUACUGCUAUUUUUGUUGAUAUUAGUAAUACUCUUUAUUGUUCUACAUUUACUUCUAAUACAGUUGUUAAGAAAUGGUUAAAUGAUAAUGUACUUACAUCAACUACUGUUGCCGGUACAGGUACAGCUGGAUCAACAGCAACUACGCUUAAUGGGCCUAUUGGAACUUUUGUCGAUGCUGAAGUUAAUUUAUAUGUUGCAGAUUCUUUUAAUGAAAGGGUGCAAAUGUUUCCCGUUGGAGAAUUAACUGGAAUAACUUUAGCAGGAGCUAGUGUACCAGGAACUAUUACACUUUAUUAUCCAAAUGGUAUUACAUUAGAUGGUAACGGAUAUCUUUUUAUUGCGGAUUGUUAUAAUCAACGAAUAGUUGCAUCAGGACCAUAUGGUUUUCGAUGUUUAUUUGGAUGUACAACUAUUGCUGGUUCUUCGUCAAGUCAAUUGUCUUAUCCAACAACUUUAAGAUUUGAUACUUAUGGAAAUCUAUAUGUUGCUGAUAAUGGUAAUAGCCGAGUGCAAAAGUUUAUAUUAGCAUCAAAUUCAUGUAGUCUUUCUUAUAAUCAACCAACAUUUUGCUCAAAUGCUUUAUGGUAUUCUAAUGCAUCAACUUUUGCAUCAAGUACUACAAUUGGUACAUUACCUUAUGGUAUUUUUAUUAAUGGAAUUAAUACUGUGUAUGUACCUAAUCGAGUUAGUAACACUAUUUUAUCAUGGCCUCAAGGGAGUACUACAUCACCAAGUAAUAGCUACAGUAAUUUGAGUAAUCCAUAUAGUCUUUUUAUGUCUAUAAAUGGUGAUAUUUAUAUUGAUAAUGGUUACUCAUAUGGUCGAGUUGAUAAAUAUAUAUUUAAUACAUUAAAUCGUAUUACUGUUAUGAAUGUUAAUGGAAGUUGUUAUGGUUUAUUCAUUGAUAUAAAUAAUAAUCUUUACUGU